AUGAAUAUGCUACUUCAUUUUGGAACUAAAGAGUUUAUUUUAUUUGAAUUUUGGAAAACAGGAAGUUUCAGUGGUAUAUUUGGUUCAAUGAUAAUAGUAUUUUUAAUUGCCUUUUUAUAUGAAGGUAUUCGAAAAGCAAGAAUUUGGAUGGCAAAAUAUGAAUUAAAAAAUAAAAAUAUGGAAAGUAAUCAAGAAAGUUUUGAUCAACCAUUAACUCCUGAUGUUAGAGCUAAUGCUAACAUAUCUGUACCAAAUAAUACAAUAUCUCAAUUUUCUUUUACUAAAUUUCCAUUAGAUAGAUUUAUUCAUGCUCUUCUUUAUGGAUUACAAACAACUAUAUCAUUUACUUUGAUGCUUAUUAUUAUGACUUUUAAUGGAUGGAUAAUAAUUUCAGCAAUAUUUGGCAUGACUAUUGGGUAUUUUACUUUUAAUAAAAGUCCACUUGAAGAGAUGUCACUCGGAACUUGUUGCUAA